AUGGGGAAGAUCACAUUUUAUGAGGAGAAGAAAUUCCAGGGUCGCUGCUAUAACUGCAGCAGCGACUGCGCGGACCUGCACACAUAUUUCAGCCGCUGCAACUCCAUCCGGGUGGAGAGUGGUGUGUGGGUGAUCUAUGAGAGACCCAACUACAAGGGUUUCCAGUACAUCCUCAGCCCUGGAGAAUACACCGACAACCAGCAAUGGAUGGCUUUCAGUGACAGCGUCAAGUCCUGCCGCCUCAUAAAGAAUGUUUACGGCAGUGCUUGGAAGCUGAGGCUGUACGAGAGGCCAGACUUCGGAGGGCAGAUGGUUGAGUGCAGUGACGACUGUCCUUCAGUGUACGAUACCUACAAGCUGCGUGAGGCUUAUUCCUGCAUGGUAACCGAUGGCGCCUGGGUGUUCUACGACCUUCCCAACUACAGGGGGCACCAGUACCUCCUAGAGAGGGGCGAGUACCGGCAGCACAGCGAAUGGGGGGCGACCUCUCCUGGUGUUGCUUCUUUCCGCAGGAUCACAGAGUUUUAA